AUGACGCGACAGAACAACAUCCAGCUAGCUGACUCCGCGACUACUGCGUUCAUACCGCUCUGGGACAUGUGCAACCACGAGCACGGCAAGAUAACCACCGAUUUCAACAAGGAGAAAAACAGGGGCGAAUGCUACGCUUUACGCGACUUCAAAGCCGGGGAGCAAAUAUUCAUCUUCUACGGGUCGAGAUCCAACGCGGAUCUUUUCCUGCACAACGGGUUCGUGUACCCCAACAACCAGCACGACAGUCUAUCCCUAGCGCUGGGGAUCAGCUCGGGCGAUCCGGCCCGCGAGGUGAGGCUGUCGUUGCUGAGCAAGCUCGGUCUCGCCGGGGUCACCCAUUUCAGCCUGUACAAGAGCGAACCCCCCAUGAGCCCCGAACUGAUGGCCUUUAUAAGGAUAUUCACGAUGAAUCAAGAGGAGCUCACAAAAUGGUCAAACCAAAGUAUACCUGGUGACCUUGUGUCCUGGGAAUCGCCUAGCGCCGAGGCCGUUGGGCCCGAUUUGGACAGACGCGCUUAUCAAUAUCUGAUCACAAGGUGUAAACUAAUACGAGCCUCCUACAAGAUGGACCCUGAAGAGUCACCACCUGACACUGUCCACAGGAAAAAUAUAAAACAGCUCAAAGAGUGCGAAGUGCAAAUAUUAGACGGUGCCAUAAAGUACCUGGAGAAAGUUCUAGAAAAGCUUCCCACCACAAACGAAGUU